UACUUCCAGCACCGGGACGCAGCGUGUCACUCAGCCCGCCUGUGACCAAUCAGUGCGCGGCUAAGCUCCUCCCUCCCGCUCCGGCAGGAGCGGCUGGGUCCCGGCGGGGUUCUCCUCCUUUCCGCUGCUCCGCUCUCCGAGUCCGGCUGUUUGUGCUCCCAGAGCUGCUCGGCCUGCCCAUGGACAGAGGAGCGAUGCUGACCGCGGCUCUGCUGUGCUGCUGGAGCUGCACCGUGUGUGUGGUCACAGCCAUCCGGAGGACGGAUCUGUUCCCUUUCGGGGAUUUGAACGGAGAUUUAAUUCUACCAGAGGGCGACGAUGAGACAUCCAGAGCGCUGACCCUACCGAGACCCUUUUACUUUUUUGACUCCCCUUUUUCCCAGCUCUAUGUGGCCACGAAUGGCAUCGUCUCGGCUCAGGACCUGCCAAUGGAAAAGCAGUAUGUUGAUGAUGGUCUGCCUACAGACUUCCCCGUUGUGGCUCCGUUCCUGGCCGACAUUGACACAAGUGGAGGACGAGGAAACAUUUACUACCGCCUUACUGAAACACCCAGUGUACUUAACAGAUUUGCUCAGGAGGUUCACCGGGGCUUCCCAGAUGCAAAAUUCACUCCGACACACGCCGUGGUGGCAACGUGGGAAAACGUCGCUGCGUACGAAGAACAAGCUCGAGCCACUGGCGCUACCAACAAGGUCAAUACGUUCCAAACUGUGAUUGGAUACGAUGAAACUGACUCGUACGUUCUCUUCCUUUAUCCCGAAGAUGGACUCAACUUUUUUGGGACGCGACCCAAGGAGUCCUAUAAUGUGGAGAUAGAGUUUCCUGCUAGAGUUGGCUUCAGUAGAGGAGAAGUUUCAUUUUUCAUCAUCUCCAAAACCGAUGGACCUUUUUACAGCGUUGCGCAAGAUGAAAACAGUGUUAAAAGGCUUUCUCAGGUUGGAAAUACUGGCGUUCCAGGUGUUUGGCUCUUCCACACUGGAAAACGGUUUUCUUUUCAAGAGAUCAUUCCUGCAUCCAUUGGUGGUCUCCUUGCUGUCCCCCCUACUGCUGGUUAUGGUCUCUAUCUGGACACAACCACUCCAGAAUAUGAGUUUGAUGAUUACAACUUUGAGCCAGAGAGCCAAGAAGAAGUGGAUGCUGCUGGUAGUCCUGACUCUCCAAAUACUCGAUCGGAAGACUCCGAUCGCCAGUUAUCGUACAACAGAGAAGACGUGCCGUUGACCUUGGAGCCGGUAGAAAGGCAGUACGCUCCACCCGGGUUUCCACUGACGGUUCCAGAAGGGCGCACUCAACGGGUCGAGGAACAGCAGCCACAGCUUCCUUUGGAGGUGGUGGACGUCUACCCCCCUCUGAGAAACCCGCCCCCCUCUGGAGGUCAUGUGGUCAGCUUGGAUGAAGAGGAUGUUGACUUUGACACAGGAGUGAUCCAGUACACUACAGAGAACAAGGAAACAUGCGCCAGGUUCCAGCAGCAAUGUUCCCAGAAUGCAUUCUGCUCAGAUUACGCCACAGGAUUUUGCUGCCACUGCCGACCGGGCUUCUACGGAAAUGGCCGCCAUUGUCUGCCAGACGGCGCUCCUCAGCGUGUCAGCGGUAAAGUGAGCGGCACGGUGACAGUGGGUUCGACUCCGGUUGAGCUGAACAACAUCGACCUUCACGCCUACAUCGUGGUUGGAGAUGGAAGAGCUUACACAGCCAUUAGUGAGGUACCGGAACCAGUGGGCUGGGCCAUGAUGUCGGUUUCACCAGUCGGAGAGCUUUUCGGUUGGCUGUUUGCUCUGGAGCUGCCCAAUAGCCAAGCGGGAUUUAAAAUCACAGGUGCAGAAUUCAGUCGUCAUGCUGAGGUGGUGUUUAGCCCCGGCAACCAGCGCCUGUCCAUCACGCAAACGGGCCGCGGCCUUGACGAACACAACCACCUCAGUGUGGACACUGUCAUUAAUGGCAAUGUUCCAUUCGUUCCACCUGGAGCUGAAGUUACUAUGAAGCCCUUCAAGGAGACCUACCAGUACUACCCAUCUGUCGCCACCUCCAGCUCUGUCAGGGAGUUUUCUGUCGGUUUGCCUGAAAAGGCCUCAGAGUCUUACACGUUCCACCUGAAGCAGAACAUCACCUACCGUGACUGUCGCCACGGAAACCUGGCUGCCACCCCGGAGACGCUGCAAAUCAACAUGGAGAGGGUGUUUGUGAUGUACGUCAAGGAGGAGCGAAUCCUGAGAUACGCCAUCACCAACAAGAUCAGCCCGAUUGGAGAUUCGUCGGAGGUUGAACUGUUGAACCCCUGCUAUGCUGGGAACCAUGACUGCGACACGACAGCACAAUGCAUCCCUCUGGAGGGCCAAGCUUUCCGGUGCCAAUGUGCUACUGGCUACAGAGGAGAUGGACAGAACUGUUAUGACAUCGAUGAGUGUGCAGAGGGUUUGAGCUCGUGUGGCGAUUACUCCCAGUGCCUGAACCUUCCCGGGACGCACCGCUGCCAGUGCCAGAGCGGCUUCGAACUGGGCUACGAAAGCCGGACCUGUGUUGACAUAGAUGAGUGCAUGUCGUCUCCAUGCCACAUCAGCGCCAGAUGUGCCAACGCCCAGGCCUCCUUCCAGUGUCAGUGCCUGCCUGGGUUUUACGGCGACGGUUUCAACUGCUCCCCUCAGGCGGAUCGCCUGAGGAGCCAGUGUGAGCAGCACAGAGACAGUUUACAGAGUGGAGGACAGCCGAGUGUUGGAGCCUACAUCCCUCAGUGUGAUUCUGAUGGGCAGUAUCGACCACGCCAGUGCCAUGGUUCUACAGGACAUUGUUGGUGUGUGGACAGUAGAGGACAGGAAAAACCCGAAACCAGAACUCCACCUGGAACCGCACCGCUAGCCUGUGAUUUAUUAGAUAAACCAGAGCGUCCAAAGACUCAGUGUGAACGCCACAGAGACAGAGUCCAGACCAGCAGUCCAGAUGGAUUCCCUCUGGCUGGAGCCUACGUACCUCAGUGUGAUGAAAAUGGACAAUACAGGCAACUGCAGUGCCACAGCUCUACUGGAUACUGUUGGUGUGUGGACAGCCUGGGAGAAGAACGCCCAGGAACCCGAACCCCACCUGGUACGCCCCCCACAGACUGCGACAAACCGGAGCGUCCAAAGACUCACUGUGAGCACCACAGAGACAGCGUCCAGACCAGCUCAGAUGGGUUUCCUCCUCCUGGAGCCUACAUACCUCAAUGUGACCAAAAUGGACUCUAUCUACCAGAGCAGUGUCAUGGGUCUACUGGACAUUGUUGGUGUGUGAACAGUAGUGGACAGGAGAGAGCUGGAACCAGGACUAGACCUGGUUCACCUCGUGUCGACUGCAGAACAGAUGAACCAGAGCGUCCAAAGACUCACUGUGAGCAUCACAGGGACAGCGUCCAAACCACCAGUCCAGAUGGACUUCCUCUAGUUGGAGCCUACGUACCUCAGUGUGAUGAAAAUGGACUCUAUGUACCAGAGCAGUGCCAUGGUUCUACUGGAUAUUGUUGGUGUGUGGACAGUAGAGGACAGGAGAGAGCUGGAACCAGGACUGGACCUGGUUCACCAAGUGUGGACUGCAGAACAGAGCGUCCAAAGACUCACUGUGAGCAUCACAGAGAUGGCAUCCAGACCACCGGUCCAGAUGGACUUCCUCUACUUGGAGUCUACGUACCACAAUGUGAUGAAAAUGGACUUUAUAUAUCACAGCAGUGCCAUGGUUCUACUGGACACUGUUGGUGUGUGGACGAUAGAGGACAAGAGCUCCCAGAAACCAGGAUUGCACCUGGUGCACCUCAUGUAGACUGCAGCAGAACAGAGGAACCAGAGCGUUCAAAGACUCACUGUGAGCAUCACAGGGACAGUGUUCAAACCACCAGUCCAGAUGGACUCACUUUACUUGGAGUCUAUGUACCUCAGUGUGAUGAAAAUGGACUCUAUGUACCACAGCAGUGCCAUGGUUCUACUGGCUAUUGUUGGUGUGUGGAUAGUAGAGGACAGGAGCGAGCCGGAACCAGAACUGGACCUGGUUUACCUCAUGUAGACUGCAGAACAGAGGAACCAGAGCGUCGAAAGACUCACUGUGAGCACCACAGAGACAGCGUCCAGACCAGCUCAGAUGGGUUUCCUCCUCCUGGAGCCUACAUACCUCAAUGUGACCAAAAUGGACUCUAUCUACCAGAGCAGUGCCAUGGUUCUACUGGACAUUGUUGGUGUGUGAACAGCAGUGGACAGGAGAGAGCCGGAACCAGGACUGGACCUGGUUCACCUCGUGUCGACUGCAGAACAGAUCAACCGGAGCGUCCUAAAACUCCCUGUGAGCACCACAAGGAAAGAGUUCAGGCCUCUGGCUCGCGUGAAUAUCCUGUAGCUGGAGCCUAUGUGCCUCAGUGUGACACCGAUGGACAGUACAUACCACUACAGUGCCACUCGUCCACUGGUUAUUGUUGGUGUGUCAAUGAAGACGGACAGGAGAGAGCAGGAACUAGAACCCCACCUGGUGCUCAACCAAGAGACUGUGUGAAACCAGUUGCACCUAAAACUCCAUGUGAGGAGCAGAGAGACAGAGCACAGGCCAGCAUUCAGGAGCGUUACCCCGUAGCUGGAGUGUUUGUCCCUCGCUGUGAUGCACAGGGGCAGUUUGUAUCUCAACAGUGCCAUGGAUCUACUGGACAUUGUUGGUGUGUUGACAGCAGUGGACAGGAACGAGCAGGAAGUAGGACUGCACCUGGCGCUUCACCUGUAGACUGCAGGAAACCAGCGCCUACCAAUCGAGCCGAGAGCGUGUGUGAGAGAUGGAGGGCCAGUUUGAUCGAGCACUAUGGAGGGAACCCGGACCCCCAGCAGUAUUUGCCUCAGUGCGAACCGGAUGGAGAAUUCAGUCCGGUCCAGUGUUACGGGGAGUCCACUUACUGCUGGUGUGUGGAUCAGGAGGGCCGGGAAAUAGAUGGUACUCGCUCACACGACGCAGUCAAACCAGCAUGCCUCCCAUCGGUGGCCCCGCCCAUCGUCCGUCCCAUCACCCGUCCGGAUGUGACGCCUCCGGCGAAAACCGCCGUCACUCUCCUCUACGCUCAGGGUCAGAAAAUCGGAGCCCUGCCUCUGAACGGGAGCCGGCUGGACGCAGAGCGCUCCAAAACGCUGUUGACACUCCACGGCUCCAUUGUUGUCGGUAUCGCCUACGACUGCAAGGAAAAUAAAGUCUACUGGACGGAUCUGUCAGCGAGGACGAUCAACAGAGCUUCAAUGGCGUCUGGAGCUGAACCGGAGACGCUCAUCAACACAAAUCUCGUCAGUCCAGAGGGGUUGGCUCUGGAUGCCAAGCGCAGGUUGAUGUUUUGGGUCGACUCGAACACAGACGUGAUAGAAAGCGCAAGCCUGGACGGCAGCAGGAGGCGGACCCUGUUCGACUCGGACCUGGUCAACCCACGGGCCAUCGUAGUUGUCUCAUCCACCGGGAGUCUUUACUGGACUGACUGGAACCGAGAGGCGCCGAAGAUCGAGACGUCCACUGUGGACGGUCAGGGCCGUAGAGUGGUUGUAUCUGACGGCGUCGGGUUGCCGAACGCGCUGACCUACGACCUCUCCUCUGGGCAGAUCUGCUGGGGCGAUGCAGGCACCAAGCGUUUGGAGUGCAUAUCUCCAAACGGAUCCGGCCGCAGGGUGAUCAACUCUGACCUGAACUACCCGUUCAGCAUGGUUUACCAUAGCAACCACUUCUACUUCAGCGACUGGAGGAGGGACGGCGUGAUCGCAGUCGACAAAGUCAGCAGCAAGUUCACCGACGAAUAUCUGCCUGAGCAGCGGUCUCACCUCUACGGCAUCACCAUAGCAACCACCCACUGUCUACCAGGGAGCCUCUAACGAAGGACCAGCAGUCCUUUGGUGCUACAGUCGCUGGAUGGAAGCAAGAGUUACAACCCUCACUGUCCUCACCCUCAAAAUAUAACCCAAAGUAAAUGUUUUGUAAAUUUUUUUAUACCCAAUUUUUUUCUACUGUUUUGAGUUAUUUUGUUUUCUAUCAAAGCUACAGAACAAAAGAUUUUAAAGGUUUUUCACAAGUGUUUUCCUAUCACUUAAAGGGAAGUAAAAAGUUGGAAGCAGUUAAUCAAUUUUGAAUUUCACUAUAUUGGUGUAAAACGUUGAUGCUGGUUUGUGCCGCUGUCAUUUUAAAGAAAUUAAUAAAUGUUUCCAGAUGUCAUCGAAGGUUAACAAAAUUGAGCAAAUUUAGUCUCAAUCAGCUGUGCUACAAAUAUUCAAGCCACACAAACAUAGCACAAUUAAUUUAUAGAUUUGUUAGUCUUAAAAAUUAUAGCGGCACAAACUAAAAUGUUUGACACCAAUUUAGUUCUGCAGUAGGUAUGAUUCCUGCUGUCUUAAUUUAGAAUAAAUUUUGGUCGAUAGCUGGUUAGCCGUUAGCUUUAGCGACUUAUUCUAAAUAUAAUGCAGAUUGUUAUCUACUACAGGUAAGAUAUUGACUGCUUUUAACUCAACGGAAGCUGGAAAACAGAACAGUAACAGCAUCAGGGUUUUUCUGCGUACAGUUUCUGUUUCAUGCAACUUCAGUGACCUUUUAAGUAAUUUGUGUUCUUUCUUAUUAAUAAUUAUUUGGAUUCAGCAGUAUUAGUAUUGCUCCAGAGCCAGGAGAUGGCAAAUUCAGCUGCAUGUCGCCAAGAACUACAAGAAAUGUUGGUUUUAUGUAGAGUUAUUAUUUCUUUGUGUUAGCUUCAGUUUAAAAAAACUGCAGCUUAGACGAAGCGCUUGAAUCUGCGGUUCGGACAUAAAUGGUGCUAAUCGGACUGAUGCCAGCAGCAAACCUGUAUUAAUAAUAAAAUACAUUUCUGAAACAAAAGCAGCACAACCCACAGAUUGCAACAGCUGCAGUCCUGGAUUCCCCACAGGA